GACGGGUCACAACACAGCGCGGGCCAUGGACGAGUACGACGAAGUCGAUGAGUGGGAGAUGAUGUAUGGCGGGGACAUGGAGGCCGCCAACGAGCUAGCCGCCAUGGAGGACGAUUCCCCGCGGGCGCCAGCCCCAGCCCCGGCGGCCCCCAUCGCCCCGACGCAACCUGUGGUCCAGGACAGCGAUGACCCGAUGGGGGAGCCGCCGGUCGUUGCCUACUCGGUCCCUCGCGUCGAGAAGGCGCCAGUACCUCAGCGCGUUCCAGAUGCCAAGUACGUCCUCAAGCGACCGGCCCUCGAUGUGCGCAGCGUCCCCGUCGUCCUGGCGUCGGGCGAGCGCGUCUUCCUCCGCGCCAAGCAGCCCGACGAAGCACCAACAUUGCGCGAGAAGGAAGAGCAGGACAAUAUGCAGUGCAAGCUCGGCGUCCCCAUCAAGGAGAUGCUGGCCAGCAUCGAAAAGCGCAAGGUGCAAGCAGUCGUCGACGCCGACGAUAUGGAAGCUGUCGAUGCAUCGCCAAGCACGCACCACGACGAGCUCUGGCUCAACAAGUACCGCCCGAAGCAUUUUAUCGAUCUCCUCAGCGACGAACGGACGAACCGCGACGUGCUUGGCUGGCUCAAGUCCUGGGACCCGUGCGUCUUCAAGACCAAGCCGAAGCCGUUGCCCAAGCCAGCGUUUCGCUUUGGCGAGGCGUUGGCGCCCGAGCCCGAGCCAUCCGACGACAUUCGCCCGGAGCACAAGAUCAUCUUGAUUUGCGGACCGCCGGGUGCAGGCAAGACGACGCUGGCAGGGAUCGCGGCGCGUCACGCGGGCUACAACCCAAUCGAAGUCAAUGCGAGCGACGACCGCACGGCCAGCGUCUUGCGCGAAAAGAUCAUUAGCGCCAUGGAGAUGCAGUCCAUCUUCGGGAAUGCGCGACCCAAUUGCAUCAUCCUCGACGAGAUUGACGGCGCCUUGCACGGCAACGAGGGCCGCGGUGCGAUUGCUGCGCUCCAAGACCUCAUCGCUGUGCCGUACUCGAAUAAGAAGAAGGACAAGGCGGCCAAGAAAAAGAGUGGCCACCCGCUCAUUCGGCCGAUCAUUUGCAUUUGCAACGACCAGUACGCGCCCGUGCUGCGGCCGCUGCGGAAGCUCGCAAAAAUCUUCGUCCUCGGGACGCCCGACCCGCGCCAGCUCAUGUCGCGGCUCAAGUUUAUCUGCCGAAACGAGCACCUCGAUGCGCCGACGUCGGUUCUCUCGACGCUUUGCACGCGCGCCGACAAUGACGUGCGCUUCUGCCUCAACUCGCUUCAAUUUGCGAGCGCCAAGACCAAGCAGGUCACGCCGAGCAUGGUCGAGGACAUUAUGGGUCGAAAAGACUUGAGCAAAGGCGUGUACGAUGUCUGGGAUGUGGUCUUUUACGAGCCGCGGCAAAAAAAGAAGGAGACCAAAGCCACGGGGUUUGCCCGCGUCUUUGAAGCCGCCGACCGCUUUGGCAGUCCCGACCUCGUCCUCAACGGCCUCCACGACAACAUGCUGCAGCUCGUCUUCAACGACCCGACCAUGACCAAGCUGCAUGACGCGCUCGAGUGGAUGGAGUUUGCCGACUUGUGCGAGUCGCGCAUGCGGUCGCACCAGCAGUUUGCGCUUCUGGCGUAUGCGGCAAUUCCGGCGGUCGCUGUCUCGUACGCGUGCUGCACGGGCGCGCGGCGCCGCAUCGAGUACCCAAAAUCCCACUACGACCACCGCCGGACGCUGGAAAAGUCGCAGAGUAUUCUUCAAGCCACGGUCGACGCGAAUCCGUCGUUCCGCGUCGGGUCGCGCGUGCUGGCCCUGGACGUCAUGCCGUGUCUGCUGCGCAUUCUCAACCCGCAGAUUGCGUCGCCCAAGGAUGAGAAGCGCCAAAUGGACCGUCUCGUCGCGCUUCUUGCGUCGCUCCACGUGUCGUACCGGCCCGUGCAUCUCCCGGGUGGUAUCACCGACUAUGUCCUCGAGCCGGCUAUCCACGAGCUCGUCCAAUACAAGCACUUGGAGUCGGCGCGGUCUCUCUUGCCCAUCUCGAUGCGACAGCAGUUGGCCCGCGAAGUCGAGCUAGAAACCCUUCGCCGCGCUGAAAAGUCGGAUCGGUUCCAAGAGCUGCCGACAACACCGACGACAGCACCGACAACAACGAUCCAUGCUCCGGCCGCUGAGGCGCCACCGUCGCCCGUGACGGCGCACCCGUUCGGCUACAAGAAGCGGAAGCGUCAAGACGACGUGACGGCGACACGCAAGCGGUGCCCCGUCCGGUUCAAGUUUAACGAAGGCUACACGAGCGGCAUCAAGCGCCCCGUGCUCAUCCAAGACUUGUUGUAG